AUGAACAGCUCGCAGGCGGGCGCCACAGCCCGGGGCGCCUGGCAGAGCUCCUGCUGCAACCAGUCGGGGGCGCCGCCGGAGCCCCCCGAGGGGCCGCGCGCCGUGCAGGCGGCGGUGCUGGGCGUCCUGUCGCUGCUCGUACUCUGCGGGGUCCUCUUCCUGGGCGCCGGCCUCCUGCUCCGCGCCCAGGGUUUAACGGCGCUGCUGGCCCGAGAGCUGCGCUCGUCCCGGGAGGGCGAGCCCGGCGGCGCCAGCGUCGAUGAUGACGACGACUCCUAGGCGCCCGGCUGCGUUCGGGGGUCACGGACUCCCGGCGGUCCGUGGACUCCACGCCAGACUUUGAGGGAGCGGCCCCCAGCACCCGACGUCUGCAGCGGGGAGCCCUGCCGCGAUGUUGGUGCGCUCGCACAGGUGACAGAGAUGCAGCCAUCCCAGGCCCCGGCUUCUUUCUCCCCUCCUCUCCUUCCCGAAGCCUUUCCCCCCAGAGGACAUUCGACUCAGUGCCUGGGAAGCUGGCCCAUGGUGUGUGCUGUGGAGGACCUCAGUGUUCCUGGAGGAAGAUCCUGAGACGUUUGCUAAGGAACUCUGACCCUGGUCAAGGCUGUCAGACUGAAUGGGGAAGGAAAGAAUUCAGAAAAUUGGGAAAUGGGUGCUGUUGUUACGCCAUCUGUCAGGCUCAGGUUGGGAGUGGCAGGGGUGAUGACUGCAGGUUGGUGUGCCAUGGAGUGAGGCCAGGCAUUUGGAUCCCAACAAGCCUGCACUGUCCUUGAUGGAAAGGCUGGGUCCACACAUGCGUGGACAUACAUCUUGGCUUACUCUUCCUCUAAACCCUGAGUCUCAUCCUGAGGUGGAAAGGGUUGUCAUUCCUUGGCUCUCUUUCCAGCAAAGAUGGGGGCGGCUAUCUCUUACAGAUUCCCGAACCUUGCGUGGUCUGUCUCCCAGAGUGCUUUCCUCCAGUCCUACCAGCCACACAAGGAACCUUUGAUCCAUAUACAGUACAGAUGAGAGCCUGGGAGAAACCUGGACUGUGGUGAGACCUCAUCCUGAGAUUCCUGCACACAGCUGCUGCCUCUGACCUGCUCCAUCCAACCUCCUGAAGUGCUCAUGGUGUGGGCCUGGGUGGUCAGCCCCCCAGGAAAGAAUGGGCCCCCUGGCAACUGUUGUGUGUCCUGGGCACUGAAGUGGCCACACUCUCAGUGCUGCAGACGCUGACAGACUUGUGCCUGCUGGGCCUCGUCCCAUCUCUGGUGCUGGGUGGCUGUGGUCUGACAGGCUAGUGACUUGUCCCUGCUGAAGGCGGUAGGCCAGUGUCCCAAAUUUGAAGGUCUUGUGUGCCCCAGCAAUGACUCAUCACCGCCCUGUCACUUCCUGUGGCUUGUUAUUAAAUAUGCUGGUGAUAUACAGUUGGAGUAUACAGUCGGUGUUUUCAGUUCCUGACUCUUGGAAUUAGUGGUAACCCUGGACCAGUGGUAAAGAACCCGCCUGCCAGUGCGGGAGACAUAAGAGAUACAGGGUGGAUCCCUGGGUUGGAAAGAUCCCCUGGAGGAGGACAUGGCAACCCAUUCCAGUGUUCUUGCCUGGAGAAUCCCAUGGACAGAGAAGUCUGGUGGGCUCCAUAGAGUUGCAGAGAGUGGGACAUGACUGAAGUGACUUGGCACGCAGCAAGUUGGGCCUGCUCCAGUUUGGACUGUUUCUGGCAGAUUCUGAAAGAGCAAUCCCAGCCACAGCCCCUCUCCCUUGGUCUCUUCUCAGUGCUAGCUUUUCCCUCUCCACACCCAGAUCCAAAUCUAUUGGUAGGUAGGAGGUGGGGCAGUGACUCUCACCGACACUCUACUGCCUCCCGGUGGUCAGUGUGGGCAAGAUUGCCGGUAGAAAUGAUCAGUAACCUCAGAUAUGUAGAUGGCACCACCCUCAUGGCAGAAAGUGAAGAGGAACUAAAGAGCCUCUUGAUAAGGUGAAAGAGGAGAGUGAAAAAGCUGGCUUAAAACUCAACUUUCAAAAAGCUAAGAUCAUGGCUUUCGGUCCCAUCGCUUCAUGGCAAAUAGAUGGGGAAACAAUGGAAACAGUGACAGACUUUUAUUUUCUUGGGCUCCAAAAUCACUGCGGAUGGUGACUUGCAGCCAUGAAAUUAAAAGUCACUUGGAAGAAAAGCUCCUUGGAAGAAAAGCAGUGACCAACCUAGACAGCAUACUAAAAAGCAGAGACAUUUGCCAACAAAGGUCUGUCUAGUCAAAGUUAUGGUUUUUCCAGUAGUCGUGUAUGGAUGUGAGAUUUGGACCAGAAAGAAGGCUGAGCACCAAAGCAUUAAUGCUUUUGAACUGUGGUGCUGGAGAAGACUCUUGAGAGUCUAAAGGAAAUCAGUCCUGAAUAUUCAUUGGAAGGGCUGAUGCUAAAGCUGAAGCUCCAGUCCUUUGGGCACCUGAAGUGAAGAGCCAGCUCUUUAGAAAAGACCCUGAUGCUGGGAAAGAUUGAAGGCAGGAGGAGAAGGGGAUGACAGAGGAUGAGAUGGUUGGAUGGCAUCACUGAUUCAAUGGAUGCGAGUUUGAGCAAACUCUGGGAAUUAGUGAAGGACAGGGAAGCCUGGUGUGCUGCACUCCAUCAGGUUGCAAAGAGUCGGACACGACAGAGUGACUGAAUAACAACAAUUGGGGGUCUGAACACAGUUUGGCCAGAGCUUGUGCCUCGAUGUGAGAGUGAAGUUUGUGAGCAUAUGCAUGGAAUUCUAUUUAUAAACCUUCAUGGAUCUCAAUCUCUUCAUCCCUAAAAUGGAGGCAACAAUGUCAUAAGGAUCAAAUACAUAGUGUGCUUGUCUGUAGAUAAAAGGCUUUCUACACUGCGA